AUGGGGAUGGAAGAAGGGGUUAAGGAUAAUACUGUAUCAGCAUCAGCUUCUAAUUUGAGACAUGCAAACCAAUCUAGGGCAGUUUUUCCGAUGCGGGUACUUCAGGUUUUCUUGUUGUUCUUUGUUUUGGUUCUUGGAAUCUCAGUUGUUAGUAUACAUAUGAUCAAGUACUUGAAGAUUCAAACUUUGUCUCCAACCACAUUGAUCUCUGCUUGUGAUGAGAGAACUACAUUAGAGAGCUUUAUUAAGCCUCCAUUGAGUGUUUGGCACUCCAUGAAUGACAGCGAGCUUCUUUGGCGCGCAUCGAUGGUGCCAAGGAUAUAUAAUAAGUAUCCAUUUAAAAGAGUUCCUAAAAUUGCAUUCAUGUUUCUAACCAAAGCCCCCUUACCAUUUGCUCCACUUUGGGAAAGGUUUUUCAAAGGCCAUGAGGGAUUUUACUCUAUUUACGUUCACGCGUUGCCUAAUUACACAUCGGAUUUCUCAAGCUCAUCUGUGUUUUACAGAAGACAGAUCCCAAGUCAGCCUGUGGCUUGGGGAGAGAUGAGUAUGUGUGAAGCCGAAAGGAGGCUUUUGGCUAACGCGUUACUCGAUUUCUCUAAUGAAUGGUUUGUUCUGCUCUCUGAAGCUUGCAUUCCUCUUCGCGGUUUCGAGUUUAUCUACAAUUACGUUUCUAGAUCAAGAUAUAGUUUCAUGGGUUCUGUUGACGAGGACGGGCCUCACGGGAGAGGUAGAUACAGCUACGCAAUGGGACCGGAAGUCCGUCUAAGCCAGUGGAGAAAAGGGUCUCAGUGGUUUGAAAUUAACCGGCUAUUUGCUAUUGAAAUUGUUGGAGACGUCAUUUACUAUCGCAAAUUCAAAGAGUUUUGUAGACCUCCUUGUUAUGUUGAUGAACAUUACUUCCCAACAAUGCUCUCUAUUCCAUAUCCGAAUUUUCUGGCGAACCGGACAUUGACUUGGACAGACUGGUCAAGAGCUGGUGCUCAUCCAGCUACUUUUGGGAAGGAUGAUAUAACAGAGAGGUUCCUCGAGAAGCUUCCGCGAGCUCAAUCUUGCUUCUACAAUGAUCAGCCAUCUCAAGUGUGUUAUCUCUUUGCAAGAAAGUUUGCUCCGAGCGCAUUGGAGCCUUUACUCAAACUUGCACCAAAGAUUCUUGGAUUCUAA